AUGGCUUUGGAAGAUAUUUGUGGCUUCAGAGACACUCCCGUGCAUCACAAGUGGUUUCCUGCCUCUCAUUUCGAAGAUACAGUCACAUCUUUUCAUACGACUGACGAUUACAAUUUUGGAUUAAGGAGACUAAAGAAAUCUGGGACAAAUAGUGGGACCCCGCUGCAAUUCUUCAUACCAACUUUGCCGACCUCUGCCUCUUUCAACCACAGACAUCCAAUCCCUUUUUCCCCAGCCAACCGCUCAGUGGCGGCCCGCAGGCCUUUCCCUCUAAGUCAUGGAACGACGACCUUGAGUUUCAUCUUCCAAGGUGGGGUCAUUGCAGCUGCAGACACACGUGCCAGUGCUGGGGGACUUGUUGCCUGUCCAUCUGUUGACAAGAUUACCCCUCUUCACUCCCAUUUGGUCUGCACCUCCUCUGGGAGCGGUGCAGACUGCAUGCUGUGGGAGCGAAUCCUGAUCAGAGAGAUCAGACUCUACCAACUGCGGCAUAGACGUCGCCUGUCAAUACGUGGCACUGCCAAGCUCCUCUCAUUUAUGCUGCACCCCUUUAAAGGGACUGAAGUGUGUGUGGCUCUUACGCUGUGCGGCUGGGAUAAGGAAGCCGGUAACACUGACUGUGCAAAGAGUGGCCCAAAGCUGAUAUAUGUGUGCAGCGAUGGAGCCCGACUGCAGGGGGAUGUCUUUUCUGUGGGGUCAGGCUCUCCUUAUGCUUAUGGAGUCCUGGAUAGAGAGCUGAGGUGGAGCCUGAGUAAAGAAGAGGCCAUCUCCUUGGCAAGAGAAGCAGUGUUCAGAGCCACUCACCGGGAUGCCUACUCAGGAAACAAUGUGGACCUCUUCCACAUCACAGCCCAGGGAUGGAGCCGAAGAAAGAGAGAGGACCUGAAAGAGGAAUAUUACAGAGAAAUGGAGAGGAGGGCGAAGAUGGUGGAGGAAAGAAAAAGAGUGACUGAAUUAGAUGCUUCAGGAUGA